GAAACCUUCCAAUCAGACAAGCAGCUGGAGCGGACAUGGCAGCUUCCGGGUUUGGCGGGGCCUUUGUCUCUGGCUGCGGUGGUAGCUCCAGGUCUCGUGUUCCCGGCUCUGUGUCCUCUGCUCCAGGAGGCCCAGUUCUGUGACCCUGUGACCUGCAGGUAUUGGGAGAAUCACAGCUAAAACGCCAGGACCUCCUGGAAGCCUAAGAAUGGCGCCAUUGACAUUUAGGGAUGUGACUGUAGAAUUCUCUCUGGAGGAGUGGCAAUGCCUGGACACUGCACAGCAGAAUUUAUACAGGGAUGUGAUGUUAGAGAACUACAGAAACCUGGCCUUCCUGGGUAUUGCUGUCUCUAAGCCGGACAUGAUUACCUGUCUGGAGCAAGGAAAAGAGCCCUGGAAUAUGAAGAGACCUGAGAUGGUGGCCAAACCCCCAGUGAUUUGUUCUCAUUUUGCUGAAGACCUUUGGCCAGAGAAAGACAUAAAAGAUUUUUUCCAAAAAGUCAUACUGAGGAGAUAUGAUAAAUGUGGACAUGAGAAUUUACAGUUAAGAAAAGGCUGUAAAAGUACGGAUGAACAUAAGGUGUGCAAAGGAGAUUAUAACAGACUUAACCAAUGUCUGAUAACUAUUGAGAGCAAAUUAUAUCAAUAUGAUAAAUACGUGAAAGUCUUUUAUAAGUUUUCAAAUUCAGAUAGUCAUAAGAUAAGACAUACUAAAAAGAAGACAUUCAAAUGUAAAGAAUGUGGCAAAUCAUUUUGCAUGCUUUCACAACUAACUCUACAUAAGAGAAUUCACAUUAGAGAGAAUUCCCACACGUGUGAAGAAUGUGGAAAAGCCUUUAACAGGUCUUCAUACCUUACUCGACAUAAGAGAAUUCAUAGUGGAGAGAAACCCUGCAAAUGUGAAGAGUGUGGCAAGGCCUUUAACCGGUCCUCAUACCUAACUCGACAUAAGAGAAUUCACAGUGGAGAGAAACCCUGCAAAUGUGAGGAAUGUGGCAAAACCUUUAACCAGUCUUCAUACCUUAGUCGACAUAAGAUAAUUCAUAGUGGAGAGAAACCUUACAAAUGUGAACAGUGUGGCAAAACCUUUAACCGAUCUUCACACCUUACUCGACAUAAGAUAAUUCACACUGGAGAGAAACCCUACAAGUGUGAACAGUGUGGCAAAGCCUUCAACCGAUCCUCAUACCUGACCCAACAUAAAAGAAUUCAUACUGGAGAGAGACCCUACAAAUGUAAAGAAUGUGACAAAGCCUUUAAUGACUUCUCAGCCCUUACUCGACAUAAGACAAUUCAUACUGGAGAGAAACCCUACAAAUGUGAACAGUGUGGCAAAGCCUUUAAUUACUUCUCAACCCUUGCUCGACAUAAGAUAAUUCAUACUGGAGAGAAACCCUACAAAUGUGAACAAUGUGGCAAAGCCUUUAACUGGUCUUCACACCUUACUCGACAUAAGAUAAUUCAUACGGGAGAGAAACCCUACAAAUGUGAACAGUGUGGGAAAGCCUUUAACUGGUCUUCACACCUUACUCAACAUAAGAGAAUUCACACUGGAGAGAAACCCUACAAAUGUAAAGAAUGUGGCAAAGCCUUUAAGCAGUCCUCAACUUUUACUCAACAUAAGAUUAUUCAUACUGGAGAGAAACCCUACAAGGGUAAAGAAUGUGGCAAAGCCUUUAACGACUUCUCAACACUUACUCAACAUAAAAUAAUUCAUACUGGAAAGAAACCAUACAAGUAUAAAAAUGUGGCAAAGCAUAAGAUAAUUUAUACUGGAAAGAAACCCUACAAAUGUGAAGAAUGUGGCAAACCUUUUAAUUGUUUCUCAAACUUUACUGUACAUAAGAGAAUUCAUGCUAGAGAGAACCCCAACAAAUGAGAAGAAUGUGGCAAUGCUAGUAACAAUUCCUCAAACCUUAUUAAACAUAACCCAUGUUGGAGAAAAACCCUACAAAUGUAAAGAAUGUGUCAAAGCUUUUUUUUUUUUGAGACUGAGUUUCGCUCUUGUUACCCAGGCUGGAGUGCAAUGGCGUGAUCUCGGCUCACCGCAACCUCUGCCUCCUGGGUUCAGGAAAUUCUCCUGCCUCAGCCUCCUGAGUAUCUGGGAUUACCACCAUGCCCAGCUAAUUUUUGUAUUUUUAGUAGAGACAGGGUUUCACCAUGUUGACCAGGAUGGUCUCAAUCUCUUGACCUCGUGAUCCACCCGCCUCGGCCUCCCAAAGUGCUGGGAUUACAGGCUUGAGCCCCCGCGCCCGGCAUGUCAAAGCUUUUAACAGUUCCUCAGUCUUUACUAAACAUAAGGGAAUUCAUAAUAGAGAAACCCUACAAAUCUGAAGAAUGUGGGCUGGCUUUUAAUAAGUCAUCAAUAUUUACUAAACACAAAGUAAUUCGUACUGGAUAGAAACCCUUCAAAUGGGAUGACUGUCGCAUAGCCUUUACCCAGUUCUCAACUCUCACUAACAUGAGAAUUCAUGUAGAAGAUAAAGCCUACAAAUACGAAGAAAGUGAGAAAGUCUUUAAAAGUCCUCAACCCUUAUUACAUAUAAUUUAUACUCAACAGAAAUCCUAAAGUGUGAAGAAUGUCACAAAGCCCUUAACAUCUUCUCAAUUCUUAACAGAUAUAAGAUGAUUUAUACUGGAGUGAAAUGCUACAAUCCUGAAUGAUGUCACAGUGCUUUUAACAACACCUCAAAGUUUUCUAAACAUAAAAAAUACGUAUACUAGUGCAAAACUCUAGAGACAUAAUGUGAAAAAUCUUUUACAUGGUUUUCACAGUUGAUUGCAGGAAAAAUAAUUUAUACUGGAAAUAACGCCAAGAGUGAAGAAUAUGGCAAAACUCCUAACCAGUGUUCACAACUUAUUGCACAGGCAAGCAUUUAUACUUGAGAAAUGGUGUACAAAUAUAAAGAAUGCACCAAAGUCAUUAAUAUCUGCUCAUCAUAUUAUGCAACAUCAGAGUUUAUAUUUAAUAAAAGUAUUAUAAAUACAAUUACUGUCAAAUGAUCUUUUAGAAACAUAAGGCUUUAAAGUGAAGAAGAGUUUGUUCUCAAGAUAAACAUUACAAAUACAAUGAAGGUUGGAGUACUUUUACUUAUAUCACAGAUUUUAUUGUACACAUUUUGUACUGGAGAAUAACUCAAGCAGUUGCUCAAACUUUGUUUAACAUUAGGGAAUUUAUAUUGGAGAAAAUUCAGCCAAUGUAAUGAAUUUGGAAAGACACCUGUAGCUUAGAAAAUGUCAGAGAGCUCAUACUAAAAUGUACUUUUGCAGGUGCAAUAAGUAUGAAAAAAUAUUUAAUUCAAAUUGAUAUUUAUGUAAAUAUCAGAAUUAACAAUAGAAAUAUCUAAGGCACUGACACUUCAGACAUUACACUAAAUCAGAGUGCUGGGUAUAGGAAAUUCAAAACUACAAUGGUAAGUAAAUUAAUUUUAUAUAACUUUAAAGUGAGUAGAAAUUUCUUUAAAAAGUUAUAAUUACAUUCAGGUAUACUUUUUUGAUAAGAUUUAAAAGUUUUUUUUUUGUUUGUUUUUUGAGACAGAGUUUCGCUCUUGUUACCCAGGCUGGAGUGCAAUGGCGAAUCUUGGCUCACCGCAACCUCCACCUCCUGGGUUCAGGCAAUUCUCCUGCCUCAGCCUUCUGAGUAGCUGGGAUUACAGGCACACGCCACCAUGCCCAACUAAUUUUUUGUAUUUUUAGUAGAGACAGGGUUUCACCAUGUUGACCAGGAUGGUCUCGAUCUCUUGACCUCGUGAUCCACCCGCCUCGGCCUCCCAAAGUGCUGGGAUUACAGGUGUGAGCCACCGCACCCGGCCCUUAAAAGUUUUUAAAAGUAAAUAAUGGUGUGAUUCAACUCAAAAUGUAAGAUGCACUCACGCCUAUAAUCCCAGCACUUUGGGAGGCCGAGGUGGGUGGAUCACGAGGUCAAGAGAUCGAGACCAUCCUGGUCAACGAGGUAAAACCCCGUCUCUACUUAAAAAAAUACAAAAAUUAGCUGGGCAUGGUGGUGCAUGCCUGUAGUCCCAGCUACUCAGGAGGCUGAGGCAGGAGAAUUGCUUGAACCCAGAAGGUGGAGGUUGCGGUGAGCCGAGAUCGUGCCAUUGCACUCCAGUCUGGGUAACAACAGCAAAACUUCGUCUCAAAAAAAAAAAGGCAUGAUAAGCAUCUAAGUGGGGAGGCUCUUCAUGGUUAACUUUCUCAGUAAUGUAUGAGGUAGCUGUUCAGAGUAAUAUUCUUUCCUGUUACCAUUAGAGAAAAACAUUUUUAACUUUAGUAAAAUAUUAAUUAAAAUAGCAUAUAAUUUUACUAAUUGUACUUUUAUUUAAUAAAAUGAACAUUUAAAAAUU